AUGCAUUCUCCAUCAAAGAGAUCCUCCAAGCUCGGCAUGGCUCCGGCACCCACUGGGCCCACUGGGCCCUCCAUGCCCACCACAGCUCCCACAGCUCCAGCUUCCCUGAAGACCACCAAAGCAGCAGUGUCCAACAGUCCCUCAGUGCAUCCUAAGUCCCCUAACUUGGUCAUGAGCCCUAAUAGUCCUAAGUCUACCAGAUCAACAGGUACCAAGACAGCUCCUUCAUCCCGGCCAAGCAGCAGGUCCCAAGGCCACAGCAAGAUGAGAACAUCCAGUCAGGUGAGCACUGAUACCAAGGCCAGGAAGGCCAGCAAGGGCAGGAAGGAUGGCAAGACUGGCCUUGUAGGACGACAUCAGCAGAAAGGCCCACACAGCCGAGGGCGAACUCCGGGAAGGAGGGGAAGCCACAGCUCCAAGACGUCCCCAAGCAGAUCAAGUACUCCUAGCAGGAAGAGAACCCAUUCUGCCAAACCAGGUGUGGCCAAGAAGGCAAGGACCCCUACUUCCCACCGCAAACAAGGCCAAGGCAAGAGUUACAGCCAACCUAGAACCAGUACUCAGGAAAGGAGCACUAGCCAGUCUAGAAACAUGUGCUGGGAAAAAAGCCCUAAGCUGCCAGGGGCCUCAGACCCAAGGAGCAGCUCUAGACUACCUGAAAUCCCCAGUAGGGCCAAAAGCCACAGCCUAAGUAGGACAGCCUUCAAGAGCUCUAGCAAAUCUCCUGUGGCAUCCAGGAGAGCCAGGAGCUAUAGCCAGGGGAUGUCCCCCAGCAGGGAACAGACUCCCACCCUGACUGAUCUCAAUGCCACGUCAGGAAUGGUCAAGAGUUACAAGCAGGACAGCAGCCUCAGCAGGGCCCAAAGCUUCAGCCGUUCGAGGACCCCCAGCAGGACCCGAAGUCACAGUCGCUCUAGGACCCCCAGAAGGUCAAGAAGUCGCAGUCACAAGAGGACCCAGAGCCGGGUGAGAAGUUUCAGCUGGAGGAGAAAUCGUGGUAGGGCCAGAAGUCGCACCCGGAGGGUCACACCCACACAGCCGAGACGGAGCCAGUCCAGAGCCCACAGCCAGGAGGAGAGUCACAAUCCAUGGAGGGCUCCAGGAAGAGAGAGAAGCCAAGCAUGGUCUAGGACCUCCAGUGAGGAAAAGAGCCACAGCCGGUCCAGAAGUACCAGAGAGAAAGAUCACAGCCGAUCAAGACCCGCCAGGAAGAAGGGGCACAGGCGGUCUAGGAAGCCCAGCACUGGGAGCGGGUGCAGCCAGUCUAGAAACCCCAGCACAGACACAGCCCAAAGCCAGUCUCCAGCCUCCAUCAAGAAAAGAGCACGGAGCAAGGAGAGUCGCCACAGCCAACCGAGAACCACCACAGAGCAGAGCUCCCGAAGCUACUCUAGAAACCACAACAAGGACCAAGAACACAACCAAGCCGCAGACCCUCAGAGCCACCUAGGGAAGCCAUCUCCCACCAUGACCACGAGUUCUAGUCAGAAGAGAGCCCACAGCAAGGGAAGGAGUCACUCCUCAUCACGACUUCCCAAAGGAAUCCAAGUCCGGGAUGACAGCUUUGUCAACCCCAGGACUUCUAAGGUCACCUCACCUGGGGAAAGGUCUUCAUCAUCUUCCUCCAAGCUGGCGUAGCCUCCAGUCUCGGCGGGCUCACGGGUCUCUGUCAUGGCCAGGGGAGGGGACAAGAGACAGGAGCAGAGCAGCGACUGGGCAGGGUCCCUCCCCGGCCAGCUCUCCCACGGUCACACCUCCAGCCACAAACUCUUCUAACACGGGAU